AUCAGCCGACGUCGCAACCGGCGUUGCGUGUGCGUUCCUGCGGUGAGGGUCGGUCGGUCGGCCGGCGAGCGAGCGAGCGAGCGAUCGGUCGGGUGUCGCAGAGAGUGGGCGCUGGCGGCGGCCGUAAAUUUUUGACUUUGUUGGUUUGAAUCACUGGUUACAAUGACUACUUUGGACGAUAAGAUCCUUGGAGAAAAGCUCCAGUACUAUUACAGCAGCAGUGAGGAUGAAGACAGUGACCGUGAUGAGAAUGAACAUAAGAGCAUCAAAAAUUCUGGAAUUUCUGUGGGUGCAGAAGUGCGAGAACGUAGUGCUGUCAACACAGGCCCUAAAGGAGUGAUAAACGACUGGCGUCGGUUCAAGCAGCUUGAAACAGAGCAGCGUGCAGAGCAGCGCCGGGAGGUGCGCCGACUCAUCAAGAAACUCUCAAUGAGUUGUAGGUCUCGUUUGGAUGAAGAGAAAGACCAGCAGAAGCAGCAAGUGCUCCAGGACAAAAUCAAUGGAAAGAUGACGAUGAAAGAAUGCAACAUGUUACAUGAAAAGGACGAUGAAGAGUUUUUGGAGCAGUACAGGAAGCAGCGAAUGGAGGAAAUGAGGGAACAUCUGUACAGCGGAAAGCGUUUUGAAGAGAUCUAUGAACUGGACAGCUCACAAGCCUUCCUAGACACAAUCGACAAAGAGGAAAAGAAUACUCUCAUAAUGGUGCAUAUCUAUGAAGAUGACCAGCCUGGAUGUGAAGCCAUGAAUGGGUGUCUGAUCUGUCUGGCCACAGAAUAUCCAGUUGUGAAAUUCUGCAAAGUCCGCAGUUCUGUAAUUGGAGCCAGUGCAAGAUUCACUGGUAAUGCCUUACCUGCUCUGCUAGUCUACAAAUGUGGAGAUUUGAUUGGCAACUUUGUACGCAUCACUGACCAACUUGGAUAUGACUUUUUUGCAGUGGAUUUGGAGGCGUUUUUGCGUGAGUAUGGUGUACUGCCAGAGAAAGAUAUGGUGUCACCCACAUCCAUACAGAGUGCUUCGGUGUCUCGUAGUGAUGAUAGUGAUCUGGACGUUGACUAAUGAUUUAUAAUUUAAUAGUUCAGGACAGCCAUCAUUGAGGCUUAGUUUAUUUCUAGAGCAAAUUCAAAGUAAAUUACUCUUCUAGAAAGUGAACAGCCACCAGUAUCUAAAUUGUUACAUGGACUACUGAUUUGAGGUGGUGCCUGUUUUUAAUCUUUACACAAGCUCAUUCUUAGCGAUGUAUGUUAAUCAGGCCAGCAUAAGGUGUUUUUUUGCCCAGGUUAUCUUUAGCCUCUGAUCAUGGUCCUGUACUUAUUAUAAUUCAAUUUGUCUUCCUGCAGACAGUUGCCCUCCCACCCUGCCAACAUCAGGGCUGUUAGUGAUAUGAGAAAAACUUGAAUCAUUCCAAUGUGUUUACUGUAGAAAAUAUUUGCUUUGGAGUGGUUCUAAGAUGUUAUUGGAAAUGUUCUUUGCAACAAAACUCUUUUAAGUCAAGCUAUGCAUUUGUUGAAGCUAUGCUAAACAUACAGUUAGAUUCGUACAAAUGAUUGCAAAUAAUGAAAAUCUGACGGCAUGCUUAGUUUCUGGACACAAGUAUAUCGACUGAAGGUGGUAUACAGUAGCAUAUAAUUUCCUUUAUAUUCUAAAUAUUUUUCCAAAUUUGACUUUUCUGAUGAACUUUCUAACAAUAAAAUAAUCUGCUUUCUUGCUAUUUCUUGAGGGUCUUAGUCCUUUGUAAUUAUACCAGAAUGUUACAGAUGAAGCACUUUUUCUGACAAAUUCUUAGAUAGAGAUCUGGAUCUAUCCUAGCUGUUAGCGACCUCCACCGCUAAAACUAACUUUGAGCAGUUGAGGGGAUACCAUGAAUCACUUAUACUUUUAUUUCUACCUCCUUGGUCCCUUUUAUUUAUGUAACUUUCCCAAAGCUUUCAUGUAAUUUGUAAUGAAUUUACUUUGUGGACUGCUGCGUAUAAAAGCAAAUAGUUUACAUUUUUUCUAAACUUGAAGAAAUUUCUUUUUUUUAAUUAUAUCUACAUACAAAUAUUGAUUUAUUUCUGUUAGUUAUACUGUGAAGCAUGCUUGUUAAUGUUAAGUUACGUUAUUUGCAUGAAGUUUAAAUAAGCACCAAAUUUACAAUAAAUGUAGCACUUGCGUGUUAAGGUGCCUCAUUAGCAUGGUAACCACCAGAUUUUACAGGCAGUUUUAAACAGUUAUUAUUUGUGUGCUCAGCAUUUGUCUUCUGGAAGUGUAAAUGUAUAUUGAUGAGUUUAAAAUGUCCCAAAUGAUGGGUAGCUAUUGUGUAAUGUCUAACAUUGCAAUUUUUGUAAUAUUGCUUCCUGUGAAUGCACUGUAUUUUUAAUAGUUCCAAUUACAAAGGAAAAGAAAUGUACAUUUUCCAUUGUCUCCUAAUCUAAUAAAAAAGUGACAUAAUCAGA